ACCCGCCCUCGCAGGCGGCUCUUCCGUGUGGCGGAUCCCCCGAGUGACGACACAAGGGGGAUCCUGGGCACCCACUCGCGGUAUCCCUCAUCUCUUUCACUGCAUUGCCCUCCUUGGGGGGGGGGCGGAGGCAUUUCUAGCGCGCGCGGCCCCCCCAUCCUCGCUCCGAGUAACGCCUGGAGGAGCAACUCUUCCGGGGGUUGGCCUCCCUCCCCGCCCCCUUCGCCGAGGCAGGCGGGGCUCGGGGCCGGGGGGUGUCCAUCCCCUCUCCUAUGGUUGUUGUAUGGGGUACCGGGGCAAAAGACGCAGAGCGAGUGGGGCUGCCUGUUAUGGAGCCAUGGGUAGGAAGCGCCUCAUCACUGACUCUUUCCAAGUAGUAAAGAAAAGAAAAAGAGACUGUAAGGAAGUCAAGGAUAAUCAGAGCCCACUCCAUGCAGAUGCAGCAGCAGUUGAGACAGAAUCUUCCCUGCAAGAUGCUGCACAGACAGAUGAAGUGGAGCUACUUAAGCAGUUUGACCUCAGCUGGCAGUAUGGUCCCUGCACUGGAAUCACCCGCUUGCAGCGCUGGGAGAGAGCAGAAUUAUUGGGUCUCAGUCCACCUAUCACUGUGCGGGAGCUCCUGCUGAAGUACAAAAUGGACCCUGCUGCAACAUACAGCCUGUGGCAUGACUACUCGCUCUGAAAAAAGCAACCAGCGAUAGGCCAGACUACAAAGAAGGUGCCCCUGCUGCUUUGAUGCAAUAGCUGUGUGAAUAAUUUCUUCAUUGCGACAACAGAUGUUAUUGAUGCUGAGAGAUCGGGUGCCCAGUCAUAUUUUGGGCCUUGGCCUUCCUGUCUGCAUCCCCCUUAGCGCUUCCUAUCAGACAUAGCAUCUAGAACAGAAGAGUGGCUUGUCUGAAGCAUUGCUGAAAUCUAGGCCAAAUUAAGGUUUGUGGAAUGAUUUGUGCUCAUUAGUUAUAGUUAAAAAACGAACAGAUGAGAAGUCAAGCUUAAUAUUCUUUUUAACAUUGUAAUUUCAUGUAUUUUUUUUAAAAAAUGAUUUUUGUAUGGUCAUUGGCUAAAUUGAUUGAUUUGAUUGAUUUCACACCUCAAGUGAUGCUUAAAGAUAGAUAUGGUUAACUCUUACCAGGUUUCAUUUCUGCCAUAUACAUUAUAAACCAAUACUUUAAAAAAUGCAUUAUAUUCUCUUCCAAAAUUGGAAAACUAAUUUUAAACCACUGGUGACUACAGUACUGAGAAUUUUUAUCAUAGUGUUUAAUUGUAUCUGUGCAUUCUUUUAAGGCACAAUGAAACUGAUUUCACUGUGUGUUGAAUACCGCACCCCUGCCGUCCACUAUUUUAUACUUAAGAAAAAAAGAAAGCAUGACAGCAGGUUCCACCAGCCCACCGACCUUUUCCUUGUACCUUAACAAUUAGUCUUCCAUUGCCAAAACGUUCUAGUGGCUGGUGAGUGUCAACUAGAUAUGAAUACUGUAUGUUUCAGAUGUCCCUGGGAAUUGAAGUGUGUUGUGUGAAUGGGAAUAUCUCGCUCAAAUCGAGUGGAACACUAAAAGUCCCACCCCAUACACCUCUAAAAGGAAGUGUCCUUCCUUCAGGAUGGUCUAAAUGUUAAGUCAUGUUUCCCAGCCUGUCUCUACCUACUUCCUUCCACAGUGGCCCUGAAUUUUGUCAAACAUGCAAACUUCGUUCUCUCUUUGCUCAUUGAUUUUUGUGUGAGACACUGAAGUGGGAAACACCAACUCUGGGGAAUGCAUAAGCAUAAGCAGCUCCAUGUGGGUGAGUUCAAGGACUAGUUAAAAGGAAAAACACGCUUUCUUCACAUGCUGGGAUUUUUUAAAUUGGUUUGUUUGCAAAGGUGUUAAAUGUUAUACCUGUUACUUGCAGAAUCUUUGGUCCUAUGCCACCUGAAAGGAUUUCACAAAUAGCUAAUGCAUCACUUAGAAAGGUGCAACUUUAUUUAUUAGGUGGCCACUUCUAGUCCAUUAGGUGAUGGAUAAAACCUUUAAUAUCUUUUCUCAUCCCACAUGUAUCUCACACAUUCACUGUUAACUGCUUUACCUCUUCUACGACUAAGGUGUUCUCAAAGAGAUGGUUUGGAGAAGUCAGUACCAGUUACACACACACACACACACACAGAGAACCAAUACUUUAAAAAAAUCUUAAUUUUUGUGUAUAUAUAAGGCAAAAACAUUGUUGCACCUUUAAGAUUAACUGCUACAUUUUAUUGUGAGCUCUCGUGGACAAGUCUGCUUCCUUAUCCAUACAAGCUCACAUUAUAAUAUAGCAGUUAGUCUUUAAGGUGCCACCACUUUUGUCUUUAUUAUGCUUUUGUUUUGGCCUGAUACGCUAGCACAGACUUAACACGGCUAUCUCUUCUAAAACUAUCUGUACUAGACAAUAUUUGCUUCUAAGGAACUUGGUGGAUCUUAUUCAUCUAUUGUAUUUACAUGAAAUUUGCAUAUAUAAAUGAAAGUGACAAAAAUA